AUGGCUGUAGAAACGACCAAAAGUGGCCAAGUGCACGUGUCGGACGCCCAAUUGAUGCAAUUGAUGCUGCAGAAACGAUUCCAUCAUGCAAAACAUCAACGGAAGGACUAUUCUCACUUGUUUCGGCCGAAAAGUCGCUGGGAGCUUAUCCGAUUGACGUUGCUGUUCGUGGGUAUUCAGUUUACCUAUGCUGCCCAGACUGCGUUCGUAACGCCGAUCCUGCUCGCCAUAGGAUUAAGUCACACCUUUAUGACCAUGACCUGGGCCUUCUCGCCAGCGCUGGGGUUCUUUUGUGCACCGAUGAUUGCGUCCAUCAGCGAUCAAAUACGACUGGAAUGGGGACGCCGACGGCCGGUUCUACUCACGUUGGGCGUUGGGUUGAUUCUUGGACUGCUAAUUUUACCGCACGGCAAAAGAAUUGGAUUGACCCUUGGUGAUUUGGAGGAUCAACCGAUCGGAUUUCGAUGGGGAAUAAUGCUUACAGUUCUUGGCAUGAUUCUUAUCGAUUUCAAUGUCGAAACCUGUAAUGGAGUAGCGCGGACCUAUUUCAUGGAUAUGUGCAUCAAAGAGGAUCAUACGAGAGUGUUAACUGCAGCGGUAAUGAUUGGAGGUUUAGGCGGUUUAACGGGCUACAUUUUGGGGUCAAUAGAUUGGUCUUUGACGAACAUCGGUAGUCUGGUGGGGUCUAACGAGGCUUUGGUGUUUGCUGCUGUUGUAAUAAUCGUUAUCAUAGGGUUGGUGGCAACUCUGACCAGUUUCAGGGAAGUUCCUCUGCCGUUAAUGGAACAGGAUGAAUUACUUAAACCCAUUUCUGCAGCAGCAUUUGAAGUGGAAAAACGUCGCAAUAAAAGCGCCAUUAAUAGUAUUAGUGGUAGACAAAGCAUUAUCCAGAUUGAUACAAGUAGUAGUUUGAAGCUAAUCAAUGAAGAUAUAGUGCAAUCACCAGGGAUCAAAACUUUCCUUAGGAAUUUUUUUCGAAUGCCUAAGGCACUAGGAAUAUUAUACUUUACGCAGUUUCUGUCACAUUUGGGCUAUUUAAGCUAUUGUUUAUAUUUUACGGAUUUUGUUGGACGACAGAUCUUUCAGGGUGAUGUCACAGCACCCGAAAAUUCUCAAGAGUUUAGAUUAUACAACGAGGGUGUUCGUUUUGGAUGCCUUGGAAUGGCCAUUUUUAUUCUCAGUAGCUCUGUGUAUUCAAUAUUUCUAGAAUGGCUAAUUCGUAAAUUCGGCAUUAAACCCAUUUACGUUUCUGGUUUACUACUCAAUGGAAUAGGAAUGCUGGUGGCAGCACUCACCGAGCAACGGUUCGCAGUGUUUGUAUGUAGUUUUACAAUGGGAAUUGAGUAUUCCAUCAUCUGUUCGUUGCCGUUUCUUCUAAUUUCACAUUAUCAUAUGAAAAAUUCGUUUGAAAUGACCAACACGUUACAAUACGUUACAUGUACCCAAAAGCGUGGCUUUGGAGCAGAUAUAUCUAUGCUGAGCAGCAUGCUGUUUUUGGCCCAAAUCCUAACUUCACUAACUAUUGGGUCAAUAAUCGAUUCUACAGGCACCACUACUUGCGUGAUGUAUUCUGCCAGUUUGUUUUCCGGUCUAGCUGCUUUAUCUGCCACACGAAUUGUUUAUAUGGAUCUUUAG